AUGGGAGGAGGAGGAAGGGAGGAGUGCAGGUAAUGUUUGGGCAUAUUAAUUCUGUGUGGCCUGCAAAAAUAGAAAAUAUUGGCCACACCCUUAUAUUUCAAUAGUAGUAUUCAAACGUUAAUAUUAACGAGUUAGAAAAUUUAUCGUUGUUAUUUGUGCAAAAAUAUUGAUUAAUCUGCACAAAAAAUAUUAAGGAGUUGCCUUAAACCAAUCAGUUCUGAUUGCAUGUUCAAGCUAUGUAAGAACGGGCUCAUUUAACAUGUGUUCCUUUAUAAAGGCUCGUCACAUCACAUGCACUGUUGAUUAUUUUAUAGUGAUCAAUUUGAUGAAUCAAUUAAUAUUGACAAUGAAUUGGAAAAAGACAAUCAAGUUAGGAUACCUAUAAUUUCGGAUGGUCAUUGCCUUGUUCGAGCAUUCUUUAAAGUCUUAACUAAUAAAUACCAUUAUCCACUGAAAAGCUAUUUCAAGCUUCUACAUUGCGCCUGUUACGAGAUUGAGGACAAUCUGCCAUUUUAUUCUGACAAGAUCACGUCAUAUACUAACGUUUCAUACGAACUGGACAAGUACAAGAGGGAAAGGAAGUACAAUCAAAACAUUGUCGACUUGAUCAUAUACGCCCUUGCAAAUUGUACUAAUUCAUUAGUAUCAAUCUAUUAUGUUCACAAUGGCGUACUGAAAACACACGAAAUUCCACCAACUAGACAUAGCGAAGUUCCCGAGAGGCGUGUUACGCUCGUUCGUUUGGGAGAGCAUUAUGAGGCAGUUCUGAAUGCUGAUAUGUUCAAGCGUAAUAUUGAAAACACGGUCACUAUUGUCGACUCGCCUGUUAAAAGAGAAAGCACCGUUCUUGUGCCAUCGGAUUCAGAAGGCAGUCAAGGCAAACCACCGAAGGAACGGAAGCAAGAUUCAGAAUCGGAAUCGGAAAACUCUGAUGAAUGUAUGAGUACUACUUAUUCUGACAACUCUAGCACCGAUUGCGACUUGGAAAAAGGUAAACGAGGGAAUGUUUCCCCCAAAAAAUUAACACCUGAGGUUUGGGAAGAUGUUCCUAUUACGAAAUGCACAGCUCUCCCACUUGACAUUGAUGGAAAUUCGGUUUACGAGUUACCAUUUGAUGCAAAUUAUCGCAUGCGCUCUUCUGUUGACGGUCGUAAAUGGAAGAGAUAUAUGCUCUCUAAACGUUUUGGAUUUAAAGGAAUGCGUCGACUAGCCCACUGUGCAGGUUCGUUUCUCUGCAAUAAUUUGCUUUGUAGUUUCAGAAAACAAUGGGGACAAAAUACCGUGCAUUUUGACAAGAAAAAUAAUUGUAAGUAUUGUGGAAUAACAGCCGAUCACCUUCCCUGCAAGGCCAGAAAAGUGUGGGAAUUUAACGAUGCUCGAGAGACGGUUACUGUUUAUCACUACGGCAGCCAUACAUGUCCUGUGAUUGUAAAAAAUAAAUCCGAAUCCGCUGUUGCUGCUCUCAAGAAAAAGUUUGAAGCCAAUCCAGAAAUGAAACCUCAAAGAGCUGUUAAUGCAUUAAUUUAA